AUGUCCAAGUUUGAGUGGUUAGACGAUCUUCAGUACGAGCUGGAGGAGCAACGUCAGUCGUUCAGCAGUAGCGAUGGAUACGACAUUGACCUGUUUGAUAUCCCAAACGUGGUGGGCCACACUCCUUCCUCAAUCACAACCUCGCCUGAGGAGGAGAAGCCAGACUUCAAGCCGUCUGUCAAACGCACGAAAAAACGGCGUGCAGAUACUAGCAAAACUAAAAAGCCAAUGACGGUUAGGCAACGCAAAGCCCACAACAAGAUUGAACGCAAAUACAGGAUCAACAUCAAUUCCAAGAUCGCGAAUCUCCAGAAACUGGUUCCCUGGAUGAGCAACGAGAACGUGGCGUUUGAAAUCGACGCUGCCCAUCUUGAAGAUAUCCCUAAGGAGAGUCUCGGGGGCCGAAAACUCAACAAGUCUAUGAUACUGGAUAUUGUGACCAAAUACAUUGAGCAUCUUCGGAAUGACAAUGAAGCACUCGCCAAGAAAGUCGCGGAAUUGGAAUACGCUAUGCGCACGCAGUCGCAGGACUCCAAACUGUGA